AGGAGGGAUGUGACGCAACUUGCGACACGUGACUCUGUGACGUCAUCAGCAAUGCGCCGGUGAGUGACCUUCUGUGCGACCAGCAGUCGGCGUCCUGCAGCGGAGACAGCAGCUCUUAUUCACCGGAAAGGAAAGUGGACAUGGGGGACGCGGCCAAAGGGAAGAAGGUGUUUGUGCAGAAGUGUGCACAGUGCCACACGGUGGAGGACGGUGGCAAGCACAAGGUGGGUCCUAACCUGUGGGGUCUAUUUGGACGCAAGACGGGCCAAGCUGCAGGUUACUCCUACACAGACGCCAACAAGAGUAAAGGCAUCGUGUGGGGAGAAGACACGUUGAUGGUGUACCUGGAGAACCCCAAGAAGUAUAUUCCAGGAACCAAGAUGAUCUUUGCUGGCAUCAAGAAGAAAGGAGAACGUCAAGACCUGAUUGCUUAUCUCAAAUCAGCAACUUCAUGAACGCAAUAGAAUAUUUCAUAAAGAACAUCAUUUAUAAUCACUGAUGUCAUGUGACUAUUGAUAUCAAAUUGAUCGACGUACGACUGAAAUGCAUGAAGGAUUAUUAUUGUCACACCUGUUUUACAGAUGUAUUUAUUUCAUCUUUAUACUGUCAUCUAAUGUGUCCAUCAUCCUGAUGAAACAUCAAUAAACACAAAUAAAACAUAAAUUAUUAUUAUUAUUGUCACACCUGUUCUACAGAUGUAUUUAUCUCAUCGUUAUACUGUCAUCUGUGUCCAUCAUCAUCAUGAAACAUCAAUAAACACAAAUAAAACAUCAA